AAUAUUCAUGCACUCUCUCUCUUAUCCCCUUUUUUAAAGACAAAAACACCACUUUCUUUCUCCCCACCCAUUUGUUAAAAAAAUAUAUAGCCAUUUUGUGGUCCCCGGCACCAUUCACCGUUGGUUUCUGACCCACCUUCCAUCUUCUCCACCUUAUGGGUCAGCAAACCCGCCGGGAGUGCUAUUCCGGCCCCUUACCUUCCACGGCGCAAAACCGUAAAGAUUACAACCCGAAUUAUUGUCAUCAUCAUCGUUGUCACCAUCGUCAUUCUGAACCACAGCGCUUCUUUGAGUUUGUCGGCAAGGACGAGACUAAUGACCUGGUCUCGCCCUUCGAGAAACUCAAGAAGCUAAGUGAAGAUGACAUUAGGGAAUGUGCCUAUGAAAUAUUUUUUGUGGCGUGCCGGUCGUCCCCCGGAUUUGGGGGACGACUGACACACUCGUUCUCCUGGAAUAGUCAGGAGAACGAGUCGAAGCCGAGCCAGGUGGUGAUGUCGCCAAUAAGUAAGGUGAAGCGGGCUCUAGGGUUGAAGAUGUUGAAGAGGUCACCGUCGAGGAGAAGGGUGUCGGGUGGCAGCCCGUCGUCGCCGCCGGUGAACGGAAGCAGCCCUUUCCAUAACACCGCGCCACCGUUGAGGCCGCGGCGGCCGAUGACUUCUGCGGAGAUCAUGAGACAGCAAAUGAGAGUCCCUGAGCACAACGAUAAUCGCCUGAGGAAAACCAUCAUAAGGACCCUCGUUGGCCAAGCAGGAAGAAGAGCAGAAACUAUCAUUCUACCUUUAGAACUUCUGAGGCACCUAAAACCCCAAGAAUUCAGUGAUUCCAAUGAGUACCACAUGUGGCAAAAGAGGCAGCUCAGAGUCCUUGAAGCAGGGCUCCUCACACACCCUUCAAUCCCUUUGGAAAAGACCAGCACCUUUGCCAUGCGCCUUAGGGACAUCAUACGUGUUAGUGAGUCAAGAGCUAUAGACACUGGCAAAAACUCUGACACUUUGAGAACCCUUUCCAACUCGGUGGUUUCCUUGGCAUGGAGAAGUUCCAAUGGUACCCCCACUGAUGUUUGCCACUGGGCUGAUGGAUUCCCUUUGAACAUUCACCUCUAUACUUCUCUCCUUCAAGCCAUUUUUGACAAUAGGGAUGACACAUUAGUUCUUGAUGAAGUUGAUGAGCUGCUUGAGCUGAUAAAGAAGACAUGGUCCAUAUUGGGGAUCACUAGGGCUAUUCACAAUUUGUGCUUCACUUGGGUGUUGUUUCAACAGUAUGUGGCAACUGGGCAGAUAGAACCUGACCUUCUGUGUGCCUCACAUGUCAUGUUGACUGAGGUGGCCAAUGAUGCUAGGAGAGAAAGGGAUUCAUUCUAUGUGAAACUGUUGACAUCAGUGCUGAGUUCAAUGCAGGGUUGGGCUGAGAGGAGACUUGUUGAUUAUCAUGAGCAUUUCCAGAGAGGGAACAUUGGCCAAAUUGAAAGUGUUCUUCCUGUGGUGUUGUCAGUCUCACAGAUUUUAGGUGAAGAUCUCGUAAUAUCUGAUGAUGGGGAAGGGGGAGAGAAAGGAGAUAUAACCAUAGUGGACUCAUCUGGGGAUAGGGUCGACUAUUAUAUUAGAUCUACCAUAAAAAAUGCAUUUGACAAGGUAAUUGAGGCACUGAAUGCCAAGGCUGGUGAAUUGGAAAUAAAGGGUGAAUUCAGUGAAUUUCUGCUUCAUUUAGCUCAGGAGACAGAAGAUUUGGCAAUGAAGGAAAGGGAGAAUUUUACUCCAACGCUAAAGAAAUGGCACCCAGCAGCAGGUGCAAUUGCAGCAAUGAUGUUGCACAGCUGCUAUGGGCAUGUACUGAGGCAAUAUUUAGGUGAUGUGACCUCACUCAGUCGUGAGACAGUUGAGGUGUUGCAAAGGGCUGAAAAGGUGGAAAAGGUUUUGCUCCAAAUGGUGGUUGAGGACUGUGAUGGUGAUGGUGAGAAUAUUGGCCAAUCAGUUAUGAGAGAGAUGGUUCCCUAUGAAGUUGAUUCAAUCAUAUUGAACUUCCUGAGAAAAUGGAUAAAUGAAUCACUGUCCAAUGGAAAAGAGUUUUUGCAAAGAGCAAAAGAAACUGAAACAUGGAAUCCAAAGUCCAAAUCAGAGCCAUAUGCACAAUCAGCCGCAGAGCUGGUGAAAUUUGCCAGGACAACUGUAGAGCAAUUCUUUCAAAUUCCAAUAGGAAUAACUGAAGAUACAGUUCAAGAACUUGCUGAUGCAUUGGAAAGUCUCUUCCAGGACUACGUGAUAUUUGUUGCAGCAUGUGGUACAAAGCAGAGCUAUAUGCCCUCACUUCCCCCUUUGACAAGAUGCAACCGUGACUCAAAAUUGAUCAAGCUGUGGAAGAAAGCUAGCCCUUGUGGCUCUAAUCUCUCAGAGCUAGAUCACAUACAUGAAGGUCAUCAUCCAAAGCCAUCAACCAGCCGUGGCACGCAGCGCCUCUACAUCCGUCUCAACACCUUACACCACCUCCUCACUCACAUCAACACCAUUGAGAAAACACUCUCUCAUACCCCUGGUGUAAUGGCUUCUUCAAACCGCAAACUCACUGGUCCCUACUUUGAAACACUUAAUUCCUCCAUCCCAGCAGCAUGUCAACAUGUCUCAGAAGUAGCAGCAUACCGCCUCAUAUUCCUUGACUCCAAUUCAGUCUUCUAUGGCAGCCUCUACUUUGGCGAUGUAGCCAACGCGCGCAUUAGACCGGCACUGAGGAUCCUCAAGCAAAACAUCACACUGAUGACUACACUUGUGGCAGAUAGAGCACAAGCACUUGCAAUGAAAGAAGUGAUGAAGGCCUCCUUUGAUGCAUUCCUCAUGGUUUUGCUUGCAGGGGGAAACUCAAGGGUGUUCAACAGGUCUGAACAUGCGAUGAUCCAAGAGGAUUUUGAGAGCUUGAACCGGGUUUUCUGCACUUGUGGGGAGGGACUAAUAGCAGAAGACUUGGUGCAAAGAGAGGCUGCAGUGGUGGAAGGUAUCAUUGCCUUGAUGGGGCAAUACACCGAACAGUUGAUGGACGAUUUCAGCACUGCCACAUGUGAAACGAGUGGAAUUGGAGUCAUGGGAAAUGGGAACAAGUUGCCUGUGCCACCUACCACAGGAAGGUGGAACAGGUCAGAUCCUAACACAAUAUUGAGGAUUCUGUGCCAUAGAAAUGACAGAGCUGCAAAUCAUUUCUUGAAGAGGACAUUCCAAUUAGCAAAGAGAAGGUGAAGCCAAAAAAAUUGUAUCUCUUGCUGAAGUUUUAGCACAGAGAUCCCUUGGCAAUGAUGUAAAUUGUUGCUCUACAAUUCUUGCCUAGUGAGAAGGAGGGAGCAGGUUGUAUAUUUGAAAGCACACAAAGUGGUUGCCAAAUGGAGAAAAUAUGCUUAGGCAUUGAAACAUACAUACAAGACUAAUGCAGAAUAUGUGCUGAUUUGUAUUA